UCAUAAUCAAACCAAAGUCUCGACACAGCCACCACGAUGACCCAGAUCUACAUCCUCAUCAACCAGAUCGCAGUCCUCGUGUUCACCCUCAUCAUGACCACCAACCUCGCCCCGCCGAUCAAACGCUAUCUCGCUGCCAUCACCGGCUCCUCGCCCCUCGCCGCGGGCCUCCUCCUCUACUGCAGCGUGUCCUACCUGAUCAACCACGGCCGCUGCGGCCUGCUCGUGGCCACCUACCUCGCGCAACUCUACUCGACCAUCGCGACCGAUUACCUGUGGAACCUCCUGUUCUGGAAGACCCUCCCUGCGAACGGCAUGUGGGCCCGAGCACUGAAAGACGAGCUUUCCAUGCGCAAAGAUCUGUUUACCAGAAUGAGAUUGCAAUUUCUAAGCAAUGGAGUUUAUGGAGAUGAGACAGACCCCCCCGGGUUUUGGAAUGGAGUUAACUCCGACAGUAAAGGCUCGCGGGUUUUGCCCGAUCGGGACAAGCUCGAUUGGAUCCAUGAUGAUCUACGAGAAGAUCCGAGGGAGGUUUGCUUACCUGCGAUGCUAUCCCCGGUGGCUACUUGA